GAUAUGGCGUGCUGGCAAUAUCGCCAUUCCGAUAACCUAGCACGGAAAUACAACACCAAUCCGCUUGUCGAUAUAAAUUCUAACUCGCGGUAAAAAGAAAACCUAAUAACCCAUCUUUCGCAAUCUUUAGACAUGUCGCCUCCGCUCUCACUGUUGUUGACUGGUGCAAGUGGUUUUGUGGGCGGCACCGUGCUUUCACAACUACUGAAUUCCUCGAACGAGAUUAUCAAUUCCCUCUCUAUCACCACUCUCGUUCGUGAGGAAAGUCAGGCCAACGUUCUACAGAAAAAUGGCAUCAAAUCGGUCAUUUUACCAAGGGGUUUAGAUGACACGGAGGGGCUUACGAAACUUGCAAGCCAGUUUGAUGUCGUUUUGCACACUGCCACAGGCUUCCACCCCGAGUCGGCAAAGGCAUUAAUUGCCGGCUUAGCAAUGCGUGGAAGUAGAGGUGACUUUGAACCGGUUUUCAUUCAGCUUUCGGGGACUACCAACUUGUCUGUCGGGGAUGUCACCGGACACGGGGGCAAAUGCCUCACAUUCUCUGACAAUGAUGAGGGGAUUUUCGAAUACGAGCUUGAACGCGAAGCUCUGAGAAAAUACAGCCAGCGUACCACGGAUGUCACCGUGGUCGAGACGGGCGAAAGGUUGAGCAUCAGGACGUACAUUAUCAUGCCACCUUUAGUUUGGGGACGAGGCACUGGGUACUUCAACACUGGAUCACAACAGAUCCCGAUGCUAAUUCGAAACGCCAUUUCUGCGGGCAGGUCUGAAUAUGUGGCCCCAGGCACUUCCGCCAUAGGACACGUUCACGUACUUGACCUUGCAACUCUGGUCGAGGCGGUGAUAGCUCGAGCAGUAGUCGAUCCUUCACUUCCAGCAGGACGAAAAGGGUACUUCUUCGCCGGAACUGGGCGCCACUCUUGGAAAGAAGUAGCAGACCGUAUUGCUGAAGUUGGGUUUAAGCUUCAUGUAUUGAAGGAUGCAGAGGCAACCCCGAUUAAUCUCACAGACGCAGCUGCCAAAUUCUGGAAUGGUGACGAGAUCCACACUGAGCGCAUCCAGGCUUCUUCAUCACAGACACGAGCUGAGAAGGGAUAUGAGCUUGGCUGGCAGCCGACGAAAACAGAGGAUGAGUGGCAGGCUUGCAUACAUGAAGCGUUCCAGAUGGUCUUGGAUGACACGUCAAAUUGAUACGCCAUGUUAUGAAAGCUGAUUAAAUAAUUAGCAUCGAGUGGACCACCAAUACAUCGAAUGUGAUUCCCAUUACAUAUAGAU